AUGGAGGGGCGGCUGCCCUACGACGACUUCCCGGUGGUUUUCCUGCCGCCCUACGAGAGCCCGCCCGCCUGGGUACCGCCGCAUGAGAGGGUUUAUCACCCCGACUACAACAACGAGCUCACCCAGUUCCUGCCCCGAACCAUCAUCCUGAAGAAGCCGCCCGGGGCGCAGCUGGGCUUCAACAUCCGGGGAGGAAAAGCCUCGCAGCUGGGGAUCUUCAUCUCCAAGGUGAUCCCUGACUCAGAUGCACACAGAGCUGGGCUGCAGGAGGGUGACCAGGUGCUCUCGGUGAACGAUGUGGAUUUUCAGGACAUUGAGCACAGCAAGGCAGUGGAGAUCCUGAAGACAGCUCGUGAAAUCACCAUGCGUGUGCGUUACUUCCCCUACAACUACCAGAGACAGAAGGAGAGGACUGUUCACUAGUAGGCAGCUGUCUCAGUGGGCAUUCUGCUAAAACUCUCCACUACUUUUCUUUAACAUGUGAGAUGACACCUCAAGCUUCAGCUUGUCACUGGAGGUACAACUGUCCUGUUGGCUGUGCAGGUAUCAUCUCUGCUUCCUGCCUGGAGGGGUGCCAGCAGUCUCAUUUAGCUGGAAGAUGGCCAGGGCUUUAGUGUGUACUCCUCGAAGUGAGCUUUGAAACAAGCUGCUGCUGGUGACGAUGAUGUGGAAGUGGGUACUGGGGAGCAGCUUCUCCAGAAAAAUCUGUGCUUUUCUUCUAGUAAGACUUCUAAAGCAGUGCUGUGCUGAUUGUCAGGAGGAUGUAAGGCCAAGAAGGUCUGAACACACUUGAGCAGAGCAUGGCCUUUGUCUUCCAAAAGAUCAACAUCUUCACUUCUUUGGUGAUGUGACUUCCUUUCCUUCUCCACUGUCCUGCCUCUGCUCUGCAUUGCUCGGGACUCAAGGAACAAGAGUAAAAUCCACUCAGACUCAGUGCACUGGUCUGGCCAGGGCAUGUUUGUACCUUUUAGCUGCUUAAUGACCCCAACACUACAGGACUGAAAUGCUUGGAGCAAGUUUCUGAACACCUGCAGGCACUUGCCCAGGUCCCCCCAGGUGCUUGCAUGGUGAGGGGUUCCACUCACUGAACGUGCUUCCUUCACUUGGCACAGCCCUGUCCCCUCAGAGCUCCUUUGAGGUAAAUUCUUCCCUCUUCUCCCAGACAGGGGAGAACACUGCUGUGCUCUGCAUGGGAAGAGCACACACAAAACCAUAGCAGUCACCAGCAGAACUGGGGGCAAACUCAUGCUAGUUACCCCAUUGUAAAUGGCAUCAGGACACUCCUUGCUCUGGCUUUCUCUGCAGCGUUUGCCACUUGCCUGUAGUACCUGAGG